AGAUUACACAGAGCCCGGCUGCUCGUCGUCGCAGUCGGCAUUGCAUUUUGUCUUUUGAGUCUCUACCGCCAGAGUCAGUGGUUGAUAACCUUCUCGUCCGACGGUGAGCCGAACAGCUGCCGACGCCCCUCCACUGCGGCCAGUCAACUCUGCGAGAGCUGGGUAGCUGAGAGUUUGAGCAGUUGGUGGUCGUUAGUCGAGGCGUAGAGCCCGAGAAGAGAAGACAAUUUGAGCUCGAAGGCUCAGCUAGUGCAUCUCAGAGUAAUAAAAGCAAAAAAAAAAAGUGAGAGAGAGAAAGAAGAAAGAAGGAAGUAAAAGUGAUAGAGACUAAUAUCGUUUCUUUCGUUCCGUUCUUUGUCGGAGAAGUUUGUGCGCGUAGGAAAGCCGUCGCUUUCCUUCAAGUUUCAAACAGGAAGAAAAGAAAAAGGGAACUUGGAGUGUCCAGCCAUAAACCAACCCUAUAAUAUGGAUUACACAUUGACUUUAGUGUGAAGUGGUUGGAAAGAAGUUUGAAGUUUUAUUUUAGUUUCUGGGAAACUAGAUUCGAAAAGUGAAGAACGGUGUGGUAUCGUGAAGACUGAGCUGAAAGAACACUUACAAAAUAGUCCACAACUCGAAAUAGUGUCGAUGAAAACUAUUCACACUCAUAUACACCCUCUUUUGAACGAAGACUGAGUUCUUGCAGCCAAUGCCCUUUUCUACUUCAUCUGUACAUAGAUAUAUUUGGAUUAAUGUUCCUGUUACUUGAAUUACACUAGGAUUAAUAACUGACUAGUAAUAAUACUUGAAUAAUAGCAACUAGAAAAGAAAGUUAAAGGAAGAGAAAAAAACACAAGUUUUAAAACAUAGUGUAUGAAAACUACAUCAAGUUAGAUAACCGAAAGAAAGUUUCGAGAAUAAAAAACAGUGUUUUAGUGCAAAAUCCACACAACAUCUAAGUCAAGCUAAAAGGAAUCAAGGAUUAUACUUUCAACUGACAACUUCCGGCUCAUCGCAUAUCGUCGUGUUUGGAUUUAAUGCAACACACAUUGCAUACUCAUCUUCACACAUCACUUAUCUGGAUUAUAAAGUUAUAGAAGGAAAAAGCGUAUUAGUGCCAACUUUUAUAAUAUUAAUAAAAAAAAAGUAUAGAGAAAGAAGAAAACGAAGAAUAAUGAAAUAGUCGCACGGAAAGAUUUUGUUUUUUGUAAAAAAGAAAUAACAAAAAGUAAAACGAGUUUAAUAAGUGUGCUUAAUGUUUAAUCUAAGUGUACCGCAAUAGCUGAGAAAAUUAGCAGGAAGUGUGUGCCCAAAGCAAAGGAGAUAAAGAUUUUGGGCAAGUGGAUUUGUGUGUACUCGAAAGUCAAGGAUAAGUGAGUGAUUGAAAAAAAAACUCCAAGAUGGCAAUGGCAGCAUGUUAUGGAAACUAUGACCUCAGUGGUGGACAGGGGGUCACACAGCACCAUCAACAGCAGCAGUCAAAUAGGCUAUCGGGGGCUCCACCACAGAAGGACUACAGUAUACCACUGCAUGUUGACUGUAGUGUGGAGUAUGAACUCCCGAAUGCAGCUAAACCACCCGCCGGUGCCCGCGUUGAGCCACUACUGAUGAUCCAUCCUUGCUACUUUCGCAAGAUGGAGAGCCAACGUCGGAGUCCCUUCAUCAAUAACAUGCCAAAUUCAUCGCGAAAUGCCACAACGGCCGCCGGCUCUGUGAUCACCACCGGUGCGGCGCCAGUCGUCGCUACAGCCACGAGACGCUCCACUAGGACGUCGUCUCAGGUGCCCCAGCACCAUCAUACCCAACAGCACCAUCACACCCAGCAACAUUUGCAGCAUCAGCUGGCACAGCAAAUUCAGCAGCAGCAAAUGUCACAGAUGUCCCAACAGGCUCAGUAUCCGGUCGUGAGCAACGGCCAGCAGUCUCAGACCACCAAUUCCCAGUAUAUCGAACAGGCCCGUCGGGCCGUCAUUCACAGUCACAGUGGGCAGCAGCAGACGAGUCAGCAGCAGCAGCCCCAAGUACAGAAUGGGGGCUCAUCGACGGCGUCGUGGAAUCACAUGUCUGCCACUGUGGCGUCCACGGCGUCCAUGUCGGGCCUGGUGGGCAUACCUGGAUCAGUCAACAUGACAGGUCAGUCGAUGUACAGUAAACCGGUGGGGAAGAGGGAUGCGAUGCUGUCUGGGGGCUGUGGUAUGUACAGUACCACAAAUAGUGACAGUCUAGCGGCAUCUGGGAGGUGGGAACCCGAACGGAGCCCCAUGGCGGCCAUACCCAGGGACUACCAAGCUGGUCCCGAUGCCACCCCCGUCAUUGCACCACGCAAUGACGAUAAGCACAUUCUCAGUGGCAAAUACAGACAAUACUUGAGAGCACAUCGACUGCACCCCUACAUGAUGGCCACAGGCUCGGUCAGCUCCACCUUUCCGCAACUGACCGCUUCAGCAUUCCCCCAAAUGCAGCAAGUGACGUGCUAUAAUGUGUGAUCUUAGUAAGACCCAAAAUCUCUACUAAAUACAACAACAAAAAAAAAUUAAACCCUUAUAACAUGAAGUAAGAAGAAAACAAGAAUGAAAACUGGACUACUACUAAAAAAAAUCUAUAUAUAAAAAAACCCUACAUAUAAAUGAAAAAAAUAUUUAAUGAAAAAAAAGUAAUAUGCAUAAGAGGCGGAAAGAGAGCAAAAAAAAAUAGAUGCAAGGUAAAAGAAGAUGGAGCAGAGUAAAGUAAAAAGAAAAAAAAAUAUUGAAUGAAAAACCACAUAAAAAUUUCAACAAAAAAUAAUUAAGUAGAAUAUGAAACUAUAUAUCUUUCAAGGAAAAGAAAAAAAAACAUAUAUAUGAUUAUGAUUAUAUAGACCGCGACAAAAAUCUGUUUUUAUUUGUGUCUUACAUGAAGCAACCUUUCCGUUGCAUUUAAAUGUGAUAGUAGAUUAAUUAAUUCCAAUCAUUGAAAUUCAUUAAAGAAAAAAAAUUGAUUAAUUGCUAGUGAGACUUGUCAUUGCUGCAGAGAAAAAAAAAUAACUACACAAUUUUCGAAAAGGAAAAGAAAAAAAACUAAACAUGAAAAAUUGCAUUCAGAUAAUCUCUUGAAUUACAGAACUUAAUUUUGAUCUUUUUUUUUUGUUUCUGAGACAUAGGACCCCUACCUACACAUCCCAUAACCAAUUGCAAGCAAAAGUAUAACUCAUUUUUUUUUCUGAGGUUUAAAACACCCGACAAAAUUGUGUUAAAUUUCUUUUGUAAUAAGGUUGAAUACAGAAAGAAAGAAAAAACAUGAUGAAAGUAUGAAAGAAUAGCGAGGAGAAUGAAAAAAAAAUUUCUUAUCAUGUCCAAAGAUGAUAAUUUAACUGUGAGAAAAGUGAAAAUAAAUAUAAAAGUUGAUGUAUUUAACGUCAUCCAAUAA